AUGGUUAUAAGAGAUUAUACUGAGGGCCGGCGUUUCAUAAAAAGACUUGCCGGAUGUUUUAUCCGACAAUGUUCUUGAUUCGACGAUAGGAUAGGUUUACACCGAAGAUUAUGAUACCGAACCAAUAGUUCCACCCCCAAAACCUUAAAACUAGGUCGCGUAAUACAAGACUUAUAUAUAGAUUAAUCUCAAUAAUUUACAAUAUAAUUGAUUGCGUGUAGUACUCUAUGCAAUCAAUCAUAAAAACAAAAAUCAUUCGACAGCUCUUUGUAACACGAGCCCUGAUCUCUAACAGUAUUGAGGUUGCUUGCAUUUGAAGAUGGGGUCUAUUUUACAAUUUUCAACAUUUCUACAUGUUACAAUUACUCUGUCCUCUUGUGUCUCUGGUCAAGCUGUUGGCAACCCAGUAAUCACUCUUAAUGGAGGGGAUAAGUUAGAAGGGAUCACCAUACCAUACAGUGAAUCCCAAUUCUUAAACUUGAGUAAAUCGAUUGAUGCUUUCCUUGGGGUGCCGUUCGCUCAACCUCCUGUCGGAGAUCGCCGGUUCGCCAAUCCGGUACCAAUCGACAUCCAGGGCACCUAUAAUGCGACUUAUAGCAGGGCCGAGUGUCCUCAACUAACUCCUUUGACUGAUCUACCUGGAAUUGAGAUAGGUCGAGAAGUUAAUGAAGAUUGCCUCUACUUGAGCAUCUACACACCAUCCCCGAAGCCGACAUCCUUGGCUCCUGUGUUUGUAUGGAUACAUGGAGGUGGCUACAUGAUCGGGGGUGGAUCUGAACUUAUUUACCAGCCUCUACCUAUGGUCGCACUCUCAGAUAUUAUUGUUGUCAAUGUCAAUUAUAGACUGGGAGCAUUCGGCUAUUUUACAUCAGGUGAUGAUGUGGCUAAAGGUAAUUAUGGGAUGUUGGAUCAGGUUAUGGCUCUUCAGUGGGUUCAAGAUAACAUAGCUGCUUUUGGUGGAGAUCCCAUGAAGAUAACGAUAGGAGGAGAAAGUGCUGGUGGAUCUAGCGUCAACUUAUUGUCCUUAUCACCUCUUACUGAUGGGCUUUUCCAACAGACAAUAAUGCAGAGUGGCAACGCACUUUGCCCUUGGUCUUGGACGACAAAUGAACGUGGAGUAAGAGCAGGACGAGAACUCGCCAUGUCUCUAGGCUGUUCGAUCGAUGACAGUUCAACAAUGGUUGCUUGCUUGCGAGAAGUACCUGAACGAAACCUGACCCAAGCUAUGGUUACCAUCUCAUCAGCGCUCUCUUCGCCUGUAGUCGAUGGUUACUUUCUAUUGGACACUCCCUUGGAGUUGAUCAAUCGCCGUCAGUUUAAGGUACAACCUACCCUGAUGGGUACAAACGAGGAUGAGGGUGCGAGUGGCGCCUUGAGUCUGUUUCCUGGCACAGCUCGUUCAGAAACACCCCCUCUCAUGAACAUCUCAUUCUUUAGAAGCCUUAUACAAUCUCAGACGUACAACGACGCAACCGACAUUGAGCUUGCUGCCAUUGAGAACGAGUACGUUGAUUGGUCCGUGGCCGAUGAUCCAAACGGAAAUCAAAUCGAUGGGUUCAUACGACUAGGUACCGAUAUCGAUUUUGCCUGUCCAACGGAGUAUUUGGCCCGAGCAUUAGAAUCAGCCGGGGCUGAUGUUUAUCGAUACGAGAUGACACACGACCCAUCAUGGUCGGUAUAUGCAGGUAUUCCAAAGUGGUUGGGGGCAGCACACGCAGAGGACCUUCAAUACGUCUUCACAUGGGGUUUGAAUCCUGCACCUAUCGCCCAAAUCGUUGGUCAAUCUGACGAAGAAAAAGCAUUGUCCGUUCAAUUUGUUCGUUACUGGGCAAACUUUGUGAUAUCAGGGAACCCUAAUGGACCAUUAGACACUGGAGACUACCCAGAAUGGCCAAGAUAUACAAUGCCUGGUCAAGAAUACAAGAAGUUAUCUUUGGAUAUGGCAAAUGACCGUGCGAUGAGAGCAUCGCAGUGUGCGCUAUGGAGGAACUUUCUUCCAGGUCUCAGAAUCCAAGCAGAUCCUGCUGAUGAUAUCUACGAAGAUUGGCAGGACCAGUUUGAAAGAUGGAAGACUAUUGAUCUACCAUCCUGGACGAUUGAGUUUGAAAAUUACAAACAAAGUAAUUCUUGCCCGACAGAUGUGCCAUAAUACAAGUCCAAAAACUGUCCAUAAACUAUUUGACGAAACCAACGAUAAAAUACUGGUAAAUGGAAUUCAGAUUCGGUUAUUGCUUUCAUUUGUAAUAAAUUGUUAUGUUUUUUAUAUAAACAUUUGAAUAAUCAGCAUCUAUUUAGGUCAGCACUGAGGCAAUCGCCGUUAUGUAUCGAUAAUUAUUAUUGUACUCAUUAUGUACAAUGAAAUACAAUUCUGAUUUUCAGAGAGAAGAUAGGCAGUGAUGACACUUCUGUUCAUAAUUCAAAUAAAUUAUUGUGAUAGUUCUCGUGUAUGAUCAGUACUUAACUUCGCCUUUCGUGAUUCAAUCAAUACUCGUCAUUUGAUUUUUAACCCUGACAAUGAAUGUUUCUUUCAGUGAGUAUUUUGGAUGGUCCUAUAUCAUUCAACAUUCUCCUCUUUCUUUCUUCCAAAGCGCCCUCAUUUAAUCGAAAUAUAGAGAUAGCCAUGUCGUGCUAAACGAAGUUUUGGGAGAUGCUCGCACGUGGCGUCACAAAACAAAAACAUUAUUUUGGAUUUUUUUCUCAAAAAUUUUACUAGUAUAUUUGGCACAUGUUAAUACAUCAGAGAAAGAUAUUACUGAUACCUUAUUUAAUCAUUCAAAAUGGGAUGGAAUUUUAAGUUAUACACUCCUAGAAAAAAAAAAAUCCAAUUAGAAUUCUUUAGUCCCUUUGUAACCCUACCGAAAAGGGGUUCCCAAAAAGUUCUUUACGUGCUCAAGAAUCUUAAAUGAUUUUUUAAAGAACCUAAAAAGGUUCCAAAGCGGCUGUUUAAGGCAAUUUAGAACCUUUCAGGAAAAUACUAGACAGGAAUAAAACACUCGGCCCGAAGAACCCUUUUUUCUAAGAGUGUAUUGUAGUAAUGUAUUUUGUUUAUAAGUUUGCUAAGUUUUUUUGGUUCCCAUACUUUGGCAACAAUCUUUAUUUUACUUGGGAAUCCUGUAAGUAGUAAGAUUUUCGAUAUCAAUAUAGCAUGAUACGUUUUUGUCAAUGUGAAUUAUAUGUUUUCAUACUUUAUGAAUGAAUAAAAUUGAAUUUGAUGAUGUAA